CCCGCCACGACAUCGGGCCUGCUUUGCGUGGUAAUUUCGGUAAUCCCGUCGCUUCUGCCGCUCCGUUUCCUCACGCUAGCCCUGGCCUGCGAUCCGUGGCUGCUUGUCGUGGUUUGCCUUACGGGGAAAGCCGGAGGCUCUGGCUGCGUUUGGGGUUUUGGGGGGUUGUUUUCUUUUUAGCUCAGACUGGCUUUCGGGGAUUUGCUGCUUUUCAGGGGUAAGGGCGCCGCGGGUGCACCACGACCCCCGGGGCCGCAAGCGAAGGGUGUCCCGCGGCUCCGGCCCCUUUCCCCGCCUGCCAGCGGGGCGCUGGGGGGGCUGGGGCCCGCUCCGCCUUGCACUUGCGGAGCGUAGGGACAGCAGCCUCGUCCGUACCGUUGGCGAGCUGAGGUGAGAGGCGGCUUUAAGACCACUAAGCUGAAGUCUGCCUCUCUGGGCGCAAACACAGCGUGUAAUUUGCCUUCCACAGCGUUUUGGCUGUAUUUUGUGCCACGCGUCCUAAGCACGUUUCACUGAAAUCAGCCACCCGUGGACGCUCACCUGCUGCCGCAGUCUGGGGUUGUGUUGCUUUUUUCCAUGUGCUAACACAGAAUGUAUCCUUUUUUUUUUAAAAAAAAAAAGAUUGAAAAGGCUAAACCUAUAAAAUGUGGAACUUUUGGUGCUACGUCUCUGCAGCAAAGAUACUUGGCUACAGGAGAUUUUGGUGGAAACCUUAACAUAUGGAAUUUAGAAGCUCCUGAAAUACCAGUGUAUUCUGUGAAAGGUCAUAAGGAAAUCAUAAACAGUAUAGAUGGCGUAGGUGGCUUAGGAAUUGGGGAAGGUGCACCAGAAAUUGUGACUGGCAGUCGAGAUGGAACUGUGAAGGUGUGGGACCCGAGACAGAAAGAUACUCCUGUCGCUAAUAUGGAACCCGUCCAGGGGGAGAGCAAAAGAGACUGCUGGACCGUAGCAUUUGGAGCUGGUAUUUCUGGAUUAGCUCCAUUUUUGCCUCUGGAGUCAGGGAGCAAUGCUUACAACCAAGAGGAACGUGUUGUAUGUGCUGGGUACGACAAUGGGGACAUCAAACUGUUUGACUUAAAAACCAUGUCGCUACGAUGGGAGACCAACAUUAAGAAUGGGGUUUGCAGUGUGGAGUUUGACAGAAAAGAUAUAAAUAUGAACAAGCUAGUGGCCACGUCGCUUGAGGGAAAAUUUCAUGUUUUUGAUAUGAGAACUCAGCAUGCAACCAAAGGGUUUGCUUCUGUUUCAGAGAAGGCGCAAAAAUCUACCAUAUGGCAGGUUCGGCACCUACCACAGAACAGAGAUAUAUUUAUGACAAGUGGAGGAGCUGGCAGCCUUCAUCUGUGGAAAUAUGAGUACCCAGCUCAGCGCUCGAAGAAGGAUUCUGAAGGAGCCGAGAUGGGGGUGGCAGGUUCAGUCAGCCUCUUGCAGAAUGUCACUCUGUCAACGCAGCCAAUUUCUAGCCUAGACUGGAGCCCUGACAAAAAGGGACUGUGUGUUUGUGGUGCCUUUGACCAAACUGUGAGGGUGCUGAUAGUUACAAAGCUUAACAAAGUUUGACAGGAAAACUAGAAUUCCUGAGGAGAAAGCAAUACAGUUUGCAGUCUGUAAAUAAGAGAGGGAGAGCCCUCUUGUUUCUGAUUUAAUUUCUCCCUUAUUAAAACUGGAUUAAAGAAAUAGAAAACAGAUCUUUCUAUUGAAAGUUCAGACACAUGCAGUUAGAGUUGUUUGAUUGUGCUGCAAUGACUUGACGUUGCCUGGGCACAAAACCUUUACCUUGUAGAAAUGUGAAUUUACAUUUAAAAUGAAAUGUGCCUUUGUGUUAAUGCAACUUGUAACUUCAGAAAUCACUUUAAAUUGUUUGUGUGCAGUUUAAUCACAGUGCAAAUCCGCUCACACUUGUUAAAUGGUUUGGCUUUUUUAUAUAUAGUAUUGUCCAUAUGCAUUCAUGCAAUGCAAACUACCUGAUACUCCCUCACAGAAACUUUGUGUUCUUGGAUAUAUGAUUGAGAAUGUUUGUUAAAAUGAUUUAGGGUUCUUUAAUACACUAUAGAAGCUAUACUGAGUGCUGAAAUAUUCAGGCUUAAUGGAAUAAGCUUUUGAUUGAAGAUCAUAUUGAAAUUAAACUAUUGAGCAAAAUGCACUGUUUUAUUAUUUUAGUUUGGUUUUGUAACAAGUUUUUAUGUUUUUGUUUUUAUAUGUGUCUGUAACUUGGUGUUCUACAAGUAAAAUUAUAUGGAGUGUUGUCUUAAUAUGAACAAAGUAUAUUUUUCAAACCUCUAGCGAUUUAGAGAAGGAAGGUACUUGUAUAGGUUUACAAGAACAGUGUGCAGUGCUUAGAUAAAACAUAACUCAUUUUGCUACAAAAGUAUUAAAACUUACCUCUGUUGUGAAAAACAGGUAGCCAAAGUACUGUCUCUCUUUUUUUUUUUUAACAGAUUCAGUAUUUCUUCAAAACUCAAUGUGACAAAGUAGCUUUGUUACUGUAGUUUCACCUGAACUUCUCUUUGUGAUUCCCCUUAUCUCCAGUGUUUUUCUUUUCUGAUUUUACCAGUGUGUGCUGCUGCCAGAUCUCUUUAGCAGGCACAUCCAGUUACUGUCCCCUAUUUGUGGAUGUGUGGUGGGGGCUUUCUUAAUUUCAGUAAGCUCUAACGAUUUCAUUUAUCACCCCUUUGUCCGAUAUUAGCUUUCAGCUGACUUGUAUGUGCAUAUGCAAGUUUUAGGUAAAAGUAUUUAACAAUUUCUGAAAACAGAUUAUGAUAGAAAAAUGUCAGCUUUUUCCUGGUUAAUGACCAAGAAGCCCCUGUGUGGCCAUUUGCAAAGAAUCUCUGUUUUCUUAGGCUUGAGAAUGAGGAAUUGGUAUUUGACAAAUUCAGGUGAGUCACCUGCACUGCAUCAAGCCUGACCUUCCAGAGGCUGCUCCUGAAAACUAGAGGCUGCUCUGUAGAGAGAGAGGAGCCAGGGCCUUAUAUCUGUACUGGUCCUGCCACCAACUGGUGCCCAAGCAAGAUGCAGGUGGAAGAGGAAACAGCCAAACACUGAAGGUUAAGGUAGGGGAAGUGGCAAAUGGGGGAAGCAGUGUGGAAGCCAGUAGAAUGGGAAGCUGGGUUGAAAGGGGAGGUGAGAAGCUGUAGCAGAAGGGCAACACUAAGGCUGCAAACCUGGCACUUUGUGAUGUCCUCAGGCUCAGACUUUUUCUCUGAUCUAAGAUUCCAGCUAAAUAGAAGUGAGAGAGAACUCAUUAGCUCCUGGGUAUGUUAAUUGAUUAAACCAGCUGAGGAAAAAGAGAGCAGGCACCUGUGGCUAGAAGAGGCUCACAGGCUGUUACAGCUUAAAUGUUGUGGAGUGGAGAAAUCAUUAAUGCUUUUGUAGCAGAGAGGGGCCAGCAGGAAAAUUGCAACAGACCACACACCCAGUGUGUCUGUGGAAGUCCAUGGUUUUACUAGGUCAGCAAUCUUCAGCUCUAGCCUGCCUUCAAAUUUAGUCUCUCCUAUCGUGUGUUCAGCAAGGGCCAGCAGGGAUGAAAGCACAGUAACUCAGAGUAACAGGCUGGGAGGUAUCUGAAACUGUAACAUAAGUUUAUUUCCAGUAGAGCAGCCCUUGGGUUUGACCAGUGGAAUCCACCCCCCUGUGAAGGAGGUGUCUUGCUCCAUGGCUUGGGACACGGAAGGUGCCCCAGCAUAGCCAGAACACGGGGAUGUCCUGGCGAGGAAGGUUCCCAGUGCUGUGGGCUGCCACCAGAGCUGUGAAGGCUCAGCCCGGCAUUUCAAGAUCCCUGAGCAUGGGCUAACGAGGUCUGUCCAUAUGUCAAAAACGUGCUGUGCUAACCUCUGGUGCAGGUGUACAUGCAGGUUUCACCCUGGCUUGGCAAGCAAAUGGCAGGUUGUGUAGCAUGUUAAUGUGCAUAGGUCUGUCUUCCCUAAGACUUGAUGGUUUGCUUUCAAGUGUAAUAUUUAGUAUAUGAUUUUUUUUGACACAAUCCCAUCUGCUUGUGUGCAUAGCGUAAUGCUGAGAACAUUAAAAUUUUAAUGCUGAGUGUGUUAAAAUCUGAAAUUAUUUUAAAUUUUGUCCCUCUUAGGGUGCAUCCCAGCAGGAGGGAAUAGGGGGAACUACUGCUCUGCAGCUUGCUUUGAAAAGCUGGGGGUGUAGAGUUCAAAGAAUCAAUUCAAGUGCUUUGAGCCUAAAAUGCACUGUUCAGAGAUGGCCUCCAUUAGCUUUGUGCUGCAAAUAAAACAUACUGACUGAAAGGUAUGCUAGGCAGUGGAAAUUGGUAGAAAUACGUUUUCUCUCUUUAAUAGCAAUUCUGAAUCAAGCUGAGAGUGAGGGAAGAAAAAGCUCUCGGUGUAGGUACCUGUGAGGGAAAACAAAGAAUUUGGAGUGCAGGACUGGGCUCUUGGUGGUCUUUAUUAUGUACUUGGCAUGCAGCAAAACUGUCCCUUCCUUAUACCAACAACUCCAGGGAGAGCUCCUAGUGAGCCUACGUGAUGGUGAUACAAAUUAGAGCAAGAACUAAUAACACUUCUUAAAGCACCAUGGGCCUCCAAAAGAUGAAAUGAGUGUUACCUCCAGGUAUUUAAUUUUGGGAUUCAUUUUAUCUAUUGUUUUGAAAAUGAAGGAAUGCAUUUCCUUCAUGAGUAGCUGGUUUCAUGAAAAUACACGAUGGUUCGCAUGGCAAGAGUUUGCAAAAAGACCUGGAGGGAAGUAUAGAUGAAUGGUAGUGCUGUCCUUGCUCAGGAAAGGAAGUGGCUGUAUCUGUGUACCUAAAAAAUGAAAGAUAGUUACUGGCUGGGAAGAAGAGCUGCUGCUAGUGCCUGUACUGUGCUGUAUCUCCUCAACAGAUUGGAUUUCUGCUUCUCCCAGGCUGAACAAGAAACUUGAGCAGACCAAAAGCUGCCCGUGGCAGCCUAGCCUGCUCUAUUUAUAGUCCUUCCCCCUCUUGCUGAAGACUGGCACCUUGCCUCUGCAGCCUGGAGGCUGAAGAACUAAAGUGUGUUCUAAAUAAAAUCAUAAUGCAUCAGAGAUGAAAUGCACAGGGCCAAAUCCCCUCUGAUGCAGCACCGAGGAGCACUCUGGAAAACCCCUGCCGUGCCCAGGACCAGGGAAUGCUACCGGGUUUGAUGGCUCCACCAUGAGUGACCACAUUUAACAAGUGUAUCUGCUUGGCAGUUAUCUCGUUUCCUGCGCAAACUACCCCUGUAUGCUCAUGGAAGAGAAAAAUCUGUUUAUGGGCAUGGUUGCAGCCAGAAUAUAGGUACGUGUUACACAGUUGGGUGG